AACGGGGGAUGGUAGGACAGCUAGGACACAGUCUCACCCAGGAGGAAGCAUGGGGGAAAAGGGUCCAUGGUCCAAUAUUUUUCUUUUUCUGAAGACGUUCUGGAAGUAGUUGCAGAGCAGUUAAAUUUAUAUGCCAUUCAGUGUGACACAAACGCGCUCCAUAACCUCACUACUAAAGGACUGACUUCAGCAGGUCUUGAGACAUCAUGGGAUCAUCAUCAUCAUCACCAUCUUCUUCUUGAUGACAGGGAACCAGAGCUUGGGGACCUGAUUCAGAUCUUUCGUGACAACUAUCAGCACUGGGCCGUGUAUGUCGGUGACGGCUUUGUUGUUCACUUUGUAGAGGACUCUGGAGGCUCCAUCAGUACCUCUGUCACAGCUGGAAACGGCUUUGUGCUGAAGCAGAAGUUGUGGAAUGUGGUGGGAAAAGACAAGUGGAAAGUCAACAACAGCCUGGACAAGGAGUAUAAACCCCGCCCAGCAAAUGUUAUUGUGAAGAAGGCUAAAGCAGUGACGGACAAACAGCUGGAAUACAACCUUUUAUCAUAUAACUGUGAGCACUUUGUCAACGAGCUGCGCUAUGGUGUGGCUGAAUCCCAGCAGGUGCAAAAAGCAGUCGAAGUCGCAACUUUCGUAGGUGUCGUAGGUGGAGCAGCCUUGUUGGGAAUUCUGGCUUCACGUUCUAAGGAAUCACGGUCUAGACCCAACUCAUACUGAGUUCAUCCAUCUUUUAUGUUGUUUAUAAUUUAAACCCUUUUUCAUCAUGA